AGCGGAAGUUGUCACGUGUUGUGCGCUGGGGAUCCCGCUCCCGGGAUCUGUGCCUAGAGCGCUGGUGAGCCAGGCAGUUGCACCUUAGUGAGUCCGCGGCUGCUGUCCCCAGGCUGGGAGGCGGAGCCGGCCAUGAAUACAGUGACCUAUGAUGACGUGCAUAUCAACUUUUCUGGGGAAGAAUGGGCUUUGCUGAAUCCUUCCCAGAAGAAUCUCUACAAAGAUGUGAUGUUGGAAACUUACUGGAACUUCACUGUUGUAGGUAACAAUUGCAAAGAUCAUAAUAUUGAAGAACAUUGCCAAACUUCUCGAAGACAUGGAAGGAACAAAAGAAAUCAUAUUGGAGAGAAUCCCUCUGAAUAUACUCAAUGUGUUAACGUCUUUGCAUAUUCCAGGCAUCUUCAAAGACGUAAAGGAAUUCGUAUUAGGAAGAAAACCUGUGAAUGUGAUCAAUGUGGUAAAGCUUUUACAUGCCAAAGUAGUCUUCAAAUACAUAAAAGAACACAUACUGGAGAGAAACCUUAUGAGUGUAAUCAAUGUGGGAAAGCCUUCUCUUGUGCUUUUCUGCUUAGAAAACAUAAGAGAACACAUACUGGUGAGAAACCUUAUGAAUGUAAUCAUUGUGGUAAAGCCUUUUCACAGCGCAGCAAUCUCCAAAUCCAUAUCAGAACACAUACUGGAGAGAAACCCUAUGAAUGCAAUAAAUGUGGUAAAGCCUUUGCACGUUAUAGUCAUCUUCAAAUACAUGAACGAACUCAUACUGGUGAGAAACCUCACAAAUGUAAUCAAUGUGGUAGAGUCUUUUCAGAGCAAAGUAAUCUCCGAAUGCAUGAAAUAAUACAUACUGGAGUGAGAGCCUAUGAAUGUAAUAUAUGUGGUAAAACUUAUGCACACCAGAGUUAUAUUCGGAUACAUAAAAGAACACACACUAGAGAGAAACCCUAUAAAUGUGAUCAAUGUGAUAAAACAUAUGCACGUCACAAUCAUCUUCAAGCACAUAAAAGAACACAUACUGGAGAGAGACCAUAUGAAUGUAAUCAUUGUGGUAAAGCCUUUUCACGAAAAUGUCAUCUCCAAAUACAUAUCAGAACACAUACAGGAGAGAAACCCUAUGAAUGUACUGAAUGUGGUAGAGCUUUUUCAAGUAGUGGACAGCUUAAACUACAUAAAAGAACACAUACUCGAGAGAAACCUUAUGCAUGUAAUGAAUGCGGGAAAGACUUUACAUAUCUCGGUAGUCUCCAAAUACAUAAAAAAAUACAUACUGGAGAGAAACCUUACAAAUGUAAUCAGUGUGUUGAAGCCUUUGCACAGCACAGUCAUCUUCGAAUUCAUAGAAGAACACAUUGGAGAGAAUCCCCGAAAAAAUAAUCAAUGUGAUAUGGCAUAUACCAGCAGUUUUCAAAAUUAUGAGAAAAAAAUCAUACUUCAGGAAAACCCUGUAGUUGCAGUGAUUGCGCUUCCUUGUCUUUAUUCCAGACAAAAUCUUUUAUUGUGUCAUUGAUAUGUUAAUGCCUUUGGCUAUCAGAGUAGCAUUUGAAGGCCUCAAAAAACUCAUACUGAAGGCAACCUGAGCUUCAAGGAUGUGGUAAGAUCUUUAGCUUGCAUACUUACAUCCAGUUGCACAAGAUUACUUAUUCUGGAGAAAAAAAAAUCUGACAAGUGUCCACAAUAUGUUCAAGCAUUACAAUGUCCCUCUUAUUAUUUGUACCUCCAAACUCAUAUAGACAAAAUCUUUAUGAACUUAAAAGAUAAGGUAACCCUUGUUGAUUUCACGAUUUUCUUCGGUUAUAUGAAAUAACUCAUCGGGAAUUAAAACUUUAUGAAUUUGUAUUAGUGCCUUAUCUCUUGCUGUGAUAAAAGAUGUCUAAGUCCCCUCAUGAAAGAGUUUAGUUUGGCUCAUGGUCCAGAGCAAUGCAAGGUCACCAUGUAAGUGGCAUGGCAACAGGUUUCAGACACGGCCCCUAAAGCAGGAGACUAAGAACUCACAUCCUCAGCCUUCAGCAUGAAGCAGAGAGUGACAACUGGAAAUGGUGUGUGAUGCAAACUCUCAGGCCACCCCCAGUGACACAUUUGUUCUAACAGAGCAGCAUGCUUUAAGUCUUCCCAAUGGACACCACCAAGUGAGAAGGACUGAUUUGUCUUCCUUGAAGCCCACGUAUUUGUGUUUUGUACAUAAACCCAUUCUAGAUGAAGAAUACCUCUGUAAGCAUUUAAAUGCCUCAACAUCUGUGUUACAGGUGUGCAUGCUUUCACAAGAAAAAAAACAUUUGUGAGUGAAGAUUGUUUAACGAUAUGAUUUAAAGUUAAUUAUGUGAUGUCGGUGUGUCUGUGUGGCUUUGUGCAUGGGCAUGCUAGUAUCCAAGGAGGUUAGACUGGGUUUCUUUGUAACAGCUGUUCAAAUGCACAGAGAUCUGCCUACCUCAGCCUCUCGAGUGCUGGGAUUAAAGUUUUAAGCUACUACCACCUGAGAUGUAUUUUUUAUAAAAUCAUUUCUGUUGUGUAUGUGUGUGCGUAAUUUGAUUAUGGGUUUUUGGUCAUGAUAGCUAUGUGGAGCCCAGAAGACACCUUUGAGGGAUCUAGUUUUGUCCGUUUUCAUAUGGUGAUCAUGAUGAGGUUACCAGCCUUGCACACUGCAGAUGUUUCCUAGUGGGCCACCUUAGACAUGCUCAAAGAAGAUUAAGUGAAACUUUACAUCUUGUAAAUGUUCUUAUCUUCUUUUGUGAUUGUAAUCUUAAUUUCAUCCAAGGAGAGUAAAACAGGACAAUUUGAAUAAUAAAUCCUAUUUGUAAAUGAAAA